UGUCCCAGGUGCCCGGGCUAUAUGAGGCGGCGCGGCGGGGCGGCGCGGUGGCUCCAUGGCGGCGCCGGCCAUGGCUGAGCCGCGCUCCAAGCGGCCCCGCGUCACCCUGCCCGCCUGCCCCGCGCACCGCCCGCUGCCCGCCAGCCGCGUCCGCCACGGCUUCCCCGCCGCCGUGGAGGAGGCGCUCUGCGGCGUCACCGGCGCCCAGCUGGAGCUCCACUACUGCCUGCAGGCGCUGGGUGAAUAUUUUGAUCAGUCACAUGUGGCUCUACCAAAUAUUUCAAAGUUCUUCUUGCAUCAAGCUCUGGAAGAGAGAAAAGCCGCAGAGGCAUUGAUGAAGUAUCAGCAAGAAAGAGGAGGCCACUACUGUUCUAAAACCAUCCAGAAACCAAACUGUGAUUAUGCAGUCGGUCUGAUGAAAGCCCUGGAAUUAGCAAUGGUACAGUGGAAAACUAUGCUACGAUAUUUUGAAGAGCUUUAUGCCCUGAGUGUUGAAAAUGCAGACCCUCAUAGUGCAAGCACUAUGAAGAAGCAAUUUAUUGCGCCCAAAAUCCGGAAGAUCAAGCUAAUGGGAGAUCUACUCACCAAUGCUCGCAGGCUUGACUGUUCCCAAGAUGGCAGAAAUAGUCUUGGGGAUUACUUCAUGGACCGGUUGCAGAAAGAGUUCAGAACAAGCAUAGAGCCAGAGUCUAGUGAUCACUGCAGCCCCUGCCCGCCUCUGCAGCAGUGCACAGGAGCUGCAGAAGGUCUGAAGCGACCCCAGAGAGAAUCUUCCCAGCACAGAAAUGGCAUAGGGCCAAUAUAUGCAACUAUACAUUGCACUACGAUGCUGCCACAGUGUAAUGAUGGGACAGGAGCAAAAGUGAAGCAGGGCAGGGAGGGCCUUUAAUGCUGUGGCUGCUAUGGGGUAGCUCCUAAGGCAAACCUUUACAGAGGGUGGAGUUGGGACCAGAACUCAGGAGACAUGAGCCUGUAUCACUCCUGUUUUACACCCUGCCCCCUCAUCCUCUGUUGAGUCAAAAUCUUGCCUAUACCAUUAUUUUGUUUAAAUGAUAGCAAGGUUGCCAGCUACCUAGAUUGUCAGCACUAGUCACACAUAAUCUAUGCAAUUCUUCCUAGAAGCCAAAAGCUUUUAAGCUUCUUUUCUGUUUUAAAUGAUUAACAGGAUUAUUUAGUGCAAUUUUUUAACAGUAUAUAUAAUUUGUAUUAAAAAAAAAAAAAGAAACCACUGCAGCUUUAGUACAAGGAAACUUUUAUGUGGCAGGAAAUCCAAAUAUUUAGUUUUAUGUUCCUGAAUAUUUUAUAUUCCUGAAUAUAUAUAUAUUAGAUAUUUUACAUUACUAACAAGUAUACUAGCAUAAUGAACUUGUUUUUAAAAAGACUUGGUUUAAAACAAAGUUUUCUUAUUUUUAUCAUAGUAGCAAUUUAAAUAAGUAGUCAAAAUAAUUUACGUAUCAGGAUGAAUAAUUUACUUCUUCAGGAUGAAAGAUGCAAACAUUUCCUCAACACUGGGAAUAAGAAAACAUGCUGGUUUUCUCUACAGUUAUGUGCCUAGUUGGCUUUUCUCAUUGUCAGAAAACAGAUGAGAGAUAAAUUAUGAGUUUUCAUUAGCUGAGAUCUUUAUAGGUUCUACUGGAUAUUUUGCAAGUGUCACAAGACACUAGCUCUAGGGCUCUGUCCAGACUUAACCUAGGAUGGUUGCUUUAGUUUUCAUACAGACCCCUAUUUCAGCUAGCUCAAUUACGGUAUUACUAUGCUACUCCUGCUAUUUCUUUUAUUCCCUAUUCAGUCCCAAGUAGAGGCAUAAGAUCCUAGUGAAAAAGCAGCACACUUAACUAGCAUUGCAUCAGAGAGAGUGGCCACUCAUUAGUUUUGCCUUUCAGUUGGGGCAGUAUUAGCCAGUUUGGUUAAAGUUCAGAAGUUCAGAGGUGUCCAAAUUCUUUUCCUUCAUCUCCUGCAGGAGUGCCUUGCUUUUUGUACCCUGGCUCCCAAGGUCACUUAAGAAGAGCAACUGGCUAGAUCAGCUGCCUGCAGCUAGGGUUUUUUUUUUUGUCGCUAUACACAACAUCUUUUAUGCAAUUGGGGUUUGAUUCAUUGAAAGAUUGUCUCACACUUUCAUGUAAUACUGUAAGUGAUACUCCUAUUCUUGAAAAUAAAUUCAGUUCAAUGUUACAAAUGGUUCUUUGCCUCUCCAUUUUAUUCCUCAAUUCACCAGCCAAGUAUGCUGGUAUUAUUCUUUAAGAGAUUUUGCAUAUGUAUACAAAACUUCACCAGUACUUUUCUUCAUGCAAGAAGUUUGAUGGAAGAGUAUGCCACAGAGUGAAAAUAAAUGCCAGAAAACUUCAUUACUACAAAAACACUGCACAAUGAAACAUUUUCUGUAAACUCUGCUGUUUAUACACAGCUGCAGUUGAAUAGCAAUUUCUGCAAAGCCCAUCUACUUUCUGUUGGUGGUGUAACACGGGACAGACAAUUACAAUGUAGAUGCUUUCCCAAUCUUUUUGUUAAUGGGAUUCAACAUUAGUGGAGGGGGGACACACAGCCACUUUAAAACAACCCCUGUACUCAUCUAUAAGAGUACUGCAAUGUGCCAGAAGAAUGGCUCAAAGCACUUUUACCAACAUGCUGGAUUUGCCGAUGUUGAGAUGGCUGCUCUCUAAAACAGCAGUAGUUUAAAAGCUAUUUCCAUCUGGGCUAGAUUCCAUCACCCAUUCUCAUGCUGAGCAUACCUUAUUCAACAAUUAGUUCCACUGACUGCAACUCAACAUGAAUAAGAGCAAUGGAAUCCGUCCCUCUCAGUAUUAAAAUACAGCUUGCUAAGUGUGAACAGAGCAAAGCUACUAACUGAAGUAUAAAACUAGUGCUAUAUAAAACCCCUUCAAACACUACUGGUAAUGUUUGACCUACUCCUACAACAACCUUCUCCUUUAAGAGCUGGUACCUUCUGAAAUGUAGGUACAGCCUUCUCAAUGGUUUCCUGCACUUAAGACUGUCUUUUACCUUAAGCAAAUUCCAACAUAACAACCUAACAUCGAAAUUUUUCAAAGCAAGACUUACCUCUUAUUUUUCUGUGAAAUACUACCAUGUCCAUUUCUCAGGCUUCUCAUACUCAUCUUCUAGCCAAAUGUAUCCACAGAUUCUCAGAAUUCAGGUCUUUCUCUCUCCCUUUUCCAAAAUUCACUUUCCGGGUCCUCUGCCUGAAAAGACAGAUAACCUCACAAUGAUCUGUUUUCCCAGUAUCUAUCUUCUGAAAAAGAAAAGAGAAAUCAGUUACUCUAGAUAAUAAGCUCUUCUUGUCCACAUGCUGCUUCUGCUGAGGGCACAUAUGCUUGUGAAUAUGGUCUCAGAUUUGUUAAUAAUACCUGUCUGUUGUGUAUAGGGUGAGUCUGUCCACGCUUCUCAGCAUAAGUACAAUCUGCCUCUGACUUCCCAUUUUCCUUUUCAAUCACCUCCUGAAAAAAGGAGAUGAAGGAUGAAAUGUGGAACAGGUGUAAGGGGAACAGUGCUUAUAGAAACUUUACAAAUUCUCCUUCUCUGCUGAAUGCUUGUUCAUAUACACUCUCAGUAUCUGUACUUCCAAAGCGAUGCCCAAACCAUCCAAACACACGAUCUGGGGAAGCUCUGAAUAGCUAGUUCCCUAAAGAGAUUCCAAACUGGAAUCUCUGGAGAGACCUAAUCUUUACUGAAAUUAAGAGUUACAGCCACAGAGGCUUCCAAAGAGGUUUAACAAUAGAAUAUUUGUAAUACUUGCCAUAAGCACUAGCUAUGGUUUCUGACUCUCAGUGAGAAAUGCACUUAAAGUCUCCAAGUGGAGAUCAUGCCGUCCUUCGUCCUCUUCACUAUGGCCACAUAAAAUUAAGAAAAGCAUCUCAGGAUUUGUUCUUUGCAAGGACUUUUUUUCAGGCCCCACUGUACAAGGCAACAUCUUUCUGGACAAACCUGGAAAUACUGGAAAGCGGAUGUUAGUUCUGGUAGCAGCAGCAGGGAAUCACAGAAUUGUUAGGGUUGAAGGGACCUCUGGAGGUCAUCUGGUC